GCACGCUAACGAGGACGACGUCCAGUGAUUGGAAAAGUAACAGCGAAUCUUGUACUGUCCAAGAUGAACACUUUCCUGACUACCCUCGUGCCCGCUCUGUGUUUCCUGCUCGUCCAGGUAUCUUGCGACGAGAAGUACACUACUAAAUAUGAUGAAGUCGAUAUCAACGCUAUAUUGAACAGCGAGAGGCUUCUGAAUGGUUACGUGAACUGUUUAUUGAAUCGCGGUCCCUGCACACCGGAUGCCAGUGAACUUAAGAAGAACCUGCCGGAUGCCUUGGAACACGAAUGCUCAGCCUGCAGCGAGAAGCAGAAGGAGUUCGCAGACAAAAUCUCGCAUUAUUUAAUUGAUAACAGGGAGGAAGACUGGAGUCUCCUCGAGGCGAAGUAUGAUCCAACCGGGGCUUACAGGCAACAGUAUCUUGAAAAUCAAGUUAAAGAGAAGGGACUUGACUAAGCAAUCAGCAACAUCAUUUAAUUGUUUCUAAUUAUAUUGCAUACGUGUAACAUUGCGUUUAUCACAGACUUGAAGAUAAAAUAAUUUCAAUAAAAUAUUUUUUACUUA